UGGACACAGAGAUCUUCACAACAGAGAGCAUUUUGUCACACCACGUGACAUUGACAGUGUUAGAACCUGCAUGAUGAGGAAGAAGCACUUUAACUGUGGAGACAGUCAAAGUGUACAUACCUUACUUAAUGGAAAACGUCAAGAACAUGUUCUCUUCUAUCAACCAUACACAUCUGACCAAGAACUAAUGAUUGUUGUGCAGACACCUGUAAUGAAACCAAACAUGGAGAACUAUGCAAAACAGUUAGUAUUUGUUGACACCACGCACUGUGUUAACCAGUAUUCAUUUCCCUUAUUCACACUUGUUGUAAGAGAUGAUCAUGGGCGUGGAGUCCUUGUGGCCUAUGCUAUUGUCAGCAACGAAAGUCAGAAAACCCUGGAAACUGUUCUUGGAAUAGUUUGUGAGCAUUUCCCAACUUCCCCGAGAGCAUUUAUGGUUGACAAAGACUUUGCGGAAAUAAAUGCUUUGCAGAAGGUUUUUCCAGAGUCAGCUAUCCUUCUAUGCUGGUACCAUGUCUUGCAGGCUGUUAAUCGAUGGCUUUCAAAAUCAGAGUCCGGGGUCCAUGGGCUUUCUAACACCCAAAAGAGAAAUGAAAUCAUUUCUUUGUUUGGUAAGCUGAAAGCUUGCACAUCUGAGGAAGACUUUAAAGCCACAUCAGCAGAGUUUUGCCAGACAUUUAAGCAAUACCCUUUGGUGUGCCAGUAUUUUCAGAAGCACUGGGAAGGCAUUGGCCACAUGUGGUGUGACUACGGCCGUCGCUUCAGUCACGCUCGUUCUGAAACAAACAAUGUGAUUGAAAGAUUUUUCCACCGCCUGAAAUACCAGUUUUUAUCUGGCUACAACAAUAGGCGUCUGGUUGAUCUAAUUGAAGUGCUCCUAGGGAAGGCCGACAACUACUUCUCAGUCAUAAAAACCCUGCAAGAUGUGGGCCGCAUGAAAAACAGGUUUGCUGACACCUUGUCUCAAGUUUCAGACUCUACUUCAAGACUGAUGAAAAGUGGUUGGGCUCUUAAAAUUACAGUCAAGAACAGCCAUGGAGUUAAUGCAUAUCAAGUCCCAUCUGAGUCAAGAGAAGCCAUAGUGUAUGAUGUCUGCCCUGUUGAGUCCUACUGCAAUUGUACAUAUGGCUUACGAGGACUUCUUUGCAAGCAUCUAGUGUUACUUGCAAAAUUAGCAGAGGUUGACAAUGACAUCUAUCCAAACAUGGAAACAGACAUUUCUACCUUGGCAAGAAUUGCAGUGAAAGAAAGGUGGCUUGUAGCCAUUUUAAACAAAUGA